AUGAGUUCCCCUAACCACAAUUUUUUGGCAUAUUUUGCGUGCGUGAAGCUGUUAUAUUUCGCGGAAAAGUGCUUUUACGCCGAGAAAAUGGUCAAUAAGGACUCCUCUGAGAAGGAUUCCAGUGAGAAGAAGCGUCGAAGGACCACCACAUCGUCUUCAUCAAGUGAACUCACGCCCACGAAGGUCUUGAAGGAGGAAAAUGUUUACAUGAAUUCCAUAAAAUUCGAGGAGCAGGAGGCUGCCAAGAGAGCCCCGGAAAAGGACUCGAAGCUCUUCUUCCAGACUUGUGGUGAUUUGAAGAAGAUCUUCGCGGAUGUUUAUGCACUGAAGAAAGAUCCGGAGCGGAACCGGCAGGAGAUUGCCGAGAAGCGCGUGGACGGAUCGAUGAUGGUGGUGCUGCUGAAGAAGCUGAACAGGCUGGACAAGCUGCGCAUUAGAUCGGGCAGAGAUGCUCUGCAUCGUGAGAAGUUGAAUGUGGACAGCAAUCGGCUGCAGCUGCAGAAUCUCCUGUAUGAGGCGGAUCACCUGAAGCGCGAGGUGCAGCGCUGCUAUCAGUUCAAGAGCCAGGACGAGGACAUUGAUUUGGUGCCGGUGGAGGAGUUUUACGAGAAGGCGCCGGAGAGCAUCUCGCGGCCGGACAAGACAAAGGGCGACGAGCAUGCACGACGCUUGGCGCGUCUGGAGUGGGAAUUGCAGCAGCGCAAGGAAUUGGCGACGCUGUACAAGGAGCUGCAGGCGUCCAAGGAGCUCGUGACUGAGGAGAUCAACAAGAAAACUGAUCGUCUGGCUUCGCUGGCGCCUCGCUUGCAGAGUCUCCUGAAGUCCACGCGUCCACUGCAAGAUGCUCUGGACAUGGAAGUGGAGAAAGAGUGGGAAGUGCAGAGAUUGGCGCGUCUCCUGCCGCGUCCGCUGUAUCUGUUCUACUCCAAUGCCCAAGGAUACGCUGAUGCGUGCGACAAGUACUUGACAGUGUCCAUUGAGGGAGACGACGAGGAGGCGAAGCAGAUUGAGGAAUCCGUCAAGGAGGCACAGGAAGAGUCAGAAGACAAUGCAGGAGACUCGGACAAUGAGGACAAUGACGGUGAUGGGAAGAGUCACCAUCGCGGGCGUCUGUCGAAGAGUGUGCUGCUGGAGAAGAAGCGCUCGAAUCUCUUCAAGCCUCAUCCGCUGAGCGUGACCAUCAGUCUGGCGGCAAAGAGCAAGGACAGCGGCGUUCUGGCCGUAAUUUUCAACUUUCUGCCAGAGCUGGGAUUCGUGGCGGUGCGCUGCAAGAUCCGGGAGAUGCAGAGUGUCGGAGUGAGUGCUGGCGAUGUGAUCAAUCCCAGCUUCCUCCUGAAUUGUCUGUACAACGAGGACUUUGGCAGCGAGAGUCCAUCGCCGCGGAGUAAAUUCCAGCUGGAGGCUGUGGGUCUGGAGGCCAAUCGUCUGAUUCCGAUGCUGACGGAGAAGCGCCUCGGGAAGCCCUACAAGUGGGCUCAGCGCGUCUGCGGCCUGGAGAUGUUGCCCAAGGGAGGCGCCGUGGCGUCAGAUGAUCUCUGUCAGACCUCCAUGUCGAGUGUCAUCAAGCAAAUCCGCGCCCGAUGGUCGUCCAGGGUGAAUCUCUGUCGGCAGAUUGUGGCGCUAGAAGGGAAGAAGAUCGAUUUGCCGAAGAAUCACCCCGACGAGAAGAUCCCCAUGAGGAUUUCUUGUCAUCUCACCAGCUGGAUCGCCUCCACGUGGCAGGAAUUCACCGCUCAUCCGUCCAGUGAGAAGUUUGUCGAGGAGAAUUUCGUCACGGAGAAUGACUUGUUCUAUCAGGCAACGCUGGUCCGGGAUUCUGCCAAGAUGACGUGCUUCGUCGCCGUGGGAUGUGACUUUCCUGACCAGUUGCCAAUCUGGCUGCUGCGCCUCAACUGGAACAGGCAGCACGACGCCACGAACAAUCCAGCGGUGCGCGAUAUAGAGUUCUACGUGAACUCCCUGGACGAGGGAGUGCAGCCGAGGAGGGCGUGCGUCCUGGUCAGCCAGCUGCGUCGGCUCAUGACGUCGCUGGACAUCCUCCUGGAGACUGAGUCUCUGCUGCACGCCAAGAUGGAUUUCCCGGCCGAGAAGACUUUCCUGAAGGCAUUCCGCGGCAGGCAGAGAUCACGUCCGUUCAGGAUGGUGGAGAAUGGCGGUGGCGUUGUCUACACUCAGAUUUAACCAUCAAAUCCUGUAGUUUGUGAAUUUUUUUUUGUGGGAAAUACAAGAACGCAAGC